GUGACACGAGCGAGAGAGCUGUCCGAGGUGCUGACACUGUGAGUACUGCUUCAGACUACCUACCUGUACAUGCCACAUGUAUUCCUGUUACUGAUGCAUGGGUGAGUUUUAACAGCGAGACAUUAGCUCAGAAUUUGGGAAAAUGGAUGAACCUCAAGAGUCAUCGCCCUGUAUGACCAACGCCCACAACCCCAGCAGCAGCAGAUGCAGCAGCCCACCCAGCAGUAAACCUGGCACUGCUCCACAAUGCAACGGGGUCCCAGAGUGCAGGACCCUGCUGCGGAUGUCUGAGUCACACGGACUCCAGCUGCUGUCCGUGCUCAGAUCAUUCAGGGAACAAGGCUUGAUGUUGGACUUCACCAUUAAGGUCCAGGAACGCAGUUUUCCUUGUCAUCGCUGCGUCCUUGCUGCAUGCAGUGAUUUCUUCAGGGCCAUGUUUGAGGUGGAUAUGCGAGAGCGUGAUGAUGGUUCGGUGACUCUGGGUAACCAGUGUCCGGUGGCGGUGGGUUCUUUCCUGGACUUUGCCUAUUCUGGAGAGACACUUAUCACUGACAGCAAUGUAGAUGUGCUGUUUCAGCUCGCCUCCUUUUUGCAGGUGCCAGUCCUGUCCCGAGCGUGCAGCGACUUCCUCAUAGGAACCAUGGAUCUUUCUAACUGUCUGUCCCUCCUCUCUCUCGCUGAGGGCUACGGCUCGGCCCCCCUCAUCCGAAGUGCCAACGAGUUUGUGAUUCAGAACUUCUCUGACCUUUCCAAAACACAGGACUUUCUGGAUAUGCAGUUGAAUGUGUUGGAAGCAUGCCUAAGGUCAGAUGCUCUAAACGUGCCCAGUGAGGAGGCCGUGGUGAUGUCACUUCUUAGAUGGAUCCGUCACGAUCUCCCAGGAAGAGAAAAACUGUUGCCGGGCUUGUUAUCUCUAACCAGACUCCACCAUCUACCCGCACUAAAGACUCUGCAUGAUUCAGACACUCUCCUCAGCAAAAGUGAGUCCUGUCUCGCCCUGCUCUCAGAGGCUCAGAGCCGACAGGAUCAGUAUAGCGGCCUGCUCACUGAUGCCAGGCCGGCCACCACACAGAGCUACAUCUACAUCCACAAGACGGAGGAGAACGGAGAGAUACGCCACACUUUCUGCUACUGUCUGGAAACAGACCAAUGGAAAGAGCUGGGAACAGGGCAGGGAGAGGGGACAGCCACAAUACCAGACCUACCGGGAUCCUGCCUUACCAGCUACGCUGAGAAGAUGUUUGUGACAGGCGGUUGCCGGGGGAACUGUUGCCGGGCCAUACGUCUCCACGUGGCCGAGCCGUUCCAUGAUGCCACGGACGAGGUUUGGUGCUUCUGUCCUGUGACCCUAACCUGCACACCUGCACCAGCCAUGCUGAAACCCAGAACCACACACACAGCUGUGACCUGCCUGGACCGACUGUAUGUAAUUGGAGGACGGACCAAGGGGUCCAGAGGUGGAGCUCCCAGUCUUUUGGAGGAGGUGGAGUAUUAUAACCCACAGACCAAGACCUGGUGCGCAGCCAGCCCCUUGCCCACUGCCAUCUUCUACCCUGAGGCCAGUGCUUGUGGCAGUGUCAUUUAUACUCUGGGAUCAGAGGUGGAGCUCACAGACUCCUUUAACCCCUCACUGGACUGCUUCUACUGCUAUGAUGCCCAGAAGGACCAGUGGAGCCGCCUGAUGGCAGAGUUUGGCCAGUUCUUCCAUGCGACACUGGUCAAAGCAGUGUCGGUUAAUAACACUCUGCACCUCUGUGACCUGUCCACUUAUAAGGUCUACAGUUUUUGUCCAGAGACCUGUGUGUGGAAGGGUGAAGGGUCAUUUGAGUGUGCCGGGUUCAAUGCUGGUGCGGUGGGUAUGAGAGACAGAAUCUACAUCCUGGGUGGAGACUAUUCACCUGAUGAGAUCACUGACGAAGUUCAGGUGUACUACAGUGGGAGGAGCCAAUGGGAGGAAGUGGCUCCAAUGCCGAGAGCGCUCACUGAGUUCCACUGCCAGCUCAUCAGCUUCAACAGAUACAGAGACCCAUGGGGUGACACAGCAUGAUACACAGCAGACACACAAACACAUGAUCACAUGUGAGCGGAUGUACAUGUGUGUCACAUGUGUCACUGAUGUAAGCAAGUACCCGAGAGCCUCCUCUGUGCAUGACGGACAGCCGACAGACUAACAACCUGAAGAGAGAAUGACAGUCUUGAACUAACUCCACAUCUCUCACAGAUCAUCAUAACACGAGAGCACCUGAGCCAAAU